AUGAGUUUCUCAUCAAUUCUAUCUCAGAUCAAACAUAAGACAAAAGAUUCAGAUAGUAGCAUUUCACAAGGAUAUAAUUACAAAAAUUCAAAUGAUGGUAAAAGGACAAGUACUUCAUCAAGUUCAAAUACACCAAAACCUAAACCAAGACCAAUUCCAACAAAUUCAGUACGUCGUUCACAAUCAGCAGAACCUCCAAGAACAAUAGAUCCUGCUGUUCAAAGAUUAAAAGAACUACGAAGAAUUGAAAAUGCUAAAAAAGAGGCAGCAAACCCCAAACCAAAAACACAACGAAGAAAUAACACAUCAUCAUCAUCAACAUCAUCAUCAAGACAACCUGCUGUUAGAAGGAGAAGAAUCCCAGAAGUUCAAGUUAAAGAAAGUGCCAUUCAACAACGUCCAAGAUCUUCAUCACCUCAAAAAAGAUUAUCUUUUAAAGAAUUAAUGAUGCAAGCUGAAGAAAAGGCAAAAUUAUUAAAAGAGCGUAAAGAACAAUCACCAAAUCCAACACAAAUAACAGCUCCAAAACAUAUUUCUAAAACUCAACCCAGAUCUACAAGACCAUCACCAAACCCACAAUCAUCUACAUAUUCAAGUAUAAGGAGAAGUACAACACCAACAAAUAACAUACCUCGUCAAAGAUCUGCUCCACCACCUCAAAGACCACAAGCCGCACCACCUAAACCAAAACCAAGACCAAAAGAAUUUGCUAAACCUUCUGCUCAAUUACAAGCUAAAUUAGAUGCUAAAAAGAGAAAAGAACAAACUAUGAAGAAACAAUCAAAACAAAAUUAUUAUGAUGAAGAUGAAUAUGAAUCAGAUUUUAUUGAAGAUGAUGAAGAAAUAGAAGAAGAGGAAGAAGAUGUUGGUUAUGAUAGAGAUGAAAUUUGGAAAAUGUUUAAUAGAGGUAAAUCAAGAUCAGAUUUUAUUGAUCAAGAUGAUGAUUUAUCAGAUAUGGAAGCUACAGGUUCUGAAGUCUUGAAUGAAGAAAUGAGAUCUGCUAAAAGGGCAAGAUUGGAAGAAAAAGAAGAAGCUGAAAGAGAAAGAAGAAGAAUUGAGGAAAAAAGAAGAAGAUUGGGUAAAUAA